AUGGAGAUUAAACAAGAACCUGAAGACGUUCUCUGGAAGAAGGAGAUUCCAGAUAAUUUUGUGUGUUUAACUGAAAUAAAGCAAGACAUUCCUGAAGAUGAAUUUGCUUCCUAUAACACACAAGAGAACUUUUUCGUGGAUACCAAGGAUUUAAAUGAAAUUAAACGAGAAGUUAAUGCUGAAGAUUUAAAAUAUGAAGAUGUAUCUUGUGAAAUGGAAUUAAAUAUUAGUGAAAACAGCUUUCCUAAAUUAUCUAAAAAAGGAUCCUGUGUUCAACAAUGA